GAAAUUUCUGCUGUAUUCUAAUUUCUAGUUGGAUAUAUUUAUUUGUGGUGCAUAAAAAGAUAAAAAGAAAAUUCCAGUUACCUCCAUCCAUCCAUCCAUUCUUCCUCACAUAGUUUUUUUCUCACUGAAUUAAAGAAUUUCGAAUCUUUCCAUUAAUUCUCUCUACCAAAAUCUUGUUUGUGUGUGGACUGUGGAGAGAUCAAUCAAUCAAUCAAAUGGGUACAGCUGUGCAAUGCAUCUCCCGCCUUUCUUGGAAGAACAACCAUCCCCAUUUUCAAUCCCAUGUUCUUGUUUCACAACCUGCAUCAGAUAAAGUCCAAUCAAGAAUAAUAAGAGCAGCUGCAAUUGCAAAAGACGACGAGAUGAAUCGGAGGGCGGUUAUUGCAUCCGGGGUUGCAUUACUUUCAUCUGCAGCAGGUUUUGGAUUUCCGGGAAAUGGAUUGGCUGUCAUCAAACAAGGCCUUCUUGCAGGCAGAAUCCCGGGACUCUCCGAACCCGACGAACAAGGUUGGAGAACUUACCAAAGACCAGACGAUAAAUCGGGUGGUCACGGUGUUGGCUGGAGUCCGAUCAUACCGUACGCUUUUUCCGUUCCUCAGAACUGGGAAGAGGUUCCGGUCUCGAUUGCUGAUUUAGGAGGCACGGAGAUUGAUUUGAGAUUCGCAAACCCCAAGCAAGGACGAGUUUCCGUGAUAGUUGCUCCUGUUUUAAGAUUUUCAGACAAUCUUGGUGAUAACACCACAAUAGAACAAAUCGGGACACCAGAGAAAGUGAUAAGUGCAUUCGGGCCGGAGGUGAUCGGGCAGAAUGUAGAAGGAAAGGUUUUAAGUUCCAAUGUAGCGGAACAUUCCGGAAGGAAAUACUAUCAGUUUGAGUUAGAACCGCCGCACGUUCUCAUUACAGCAACAGCUGCUGGCAAUCGCCUCUAUUUAUUCAGCGUCACUGGAAAUGGUCUCCAGUGGAAGAAGCAUUACAAGGAUUUGAAGAGGAUAUCCGACUCUUUCAGGGUUGUCUAAUACAGCAAUUACACGUCAUACAAGAAUUGAUUCGAGCUCGUAAUUCAAUAUAUAUAUAUAUAUUUCCACCGAAACUCGGUAAUGUUGUAUAGUACAAUUGAGACCCUCCUCUAGUUUUGUACCUCACAAUCGAAUAUUUACGAACACUUUUCUCUUCAAUAGAUUGUUCGCUUCGA